ACAAUCAACUGUCUCCAAAUCAGUGGAGUUUCAACUCUCACUGGACCAAGCCAGGGCCGGAAUUGGCCAACUGCGGAUUGAAUAUGUCUGUGGCCCAAGACUCAUCGCUGAUGGUUGCAAACCCACGUCCUCAGCUCGGAGAUCUGUGGCAUUUGUCUCCUGUGGCCAGUCCAAGCCUUGCUGAGCCUGGCUAUCCUCCUUCCUCCUUCCCCAGUUUCCAUCUAGCCCAGGGAAGUGAGCAUGAGAGGAAAUAUGGUUCCCUCCUGAACCUUCUGCAGCAUGACAGGUGCCUCGUGUACCCUAUGCCACCAGCCAGGAAGCAGCCUAGAAAUUCUGCCCAUGGCACUGGGGCCACCAACCUGCUCCCUCCUAGGACUCUCAGCCCUGAUGCUGGGAAGAAAUCGAGUUCCUUCCAAAGCCUAGAAAAUAGCAGCCCCAGUCUGGCUAAUGGAAACAUAGAAACAAAUGCUGUUUCUGCACCCAAAUCUGAGAGCCCAGGGCAUCCUGGAGAAGUUAAAGAGCCUAAAUGA